AAGCUGUUAAGAGCCACACCGUGGAACCGAAAUUCAAAAUUCAAUUCGAAACGCGAAGGUUGUCGUGGGAGACGCGCGGCUCUCCAAGCGAAUUCAAAUCGAAGUUCUGGCCGCUCGCUAACGCUUUUUGUUUUUGGCCAACAUAGGCGAUUGUUAUAACGCUUAUUUGAUUAACUUGAAAUCUCGUCUGCAGUGCUUUAAAGCCAGAAGGAAAUCAGAAGAGAUUACCAAAAAGAAAAACCACUCAAAAUCAUUGUGCCAUACAAGUGGAAAAAAUUGUUUAACCCGAGGCCAAAGAAGCGAACACCAGCCAACCAGAAGUAUUAGGAGAAAAGUAGAGGCCAAACCCGAAAACCCCAAAGCACAAAACUGCAGAAACCAGCCACCGGCCCAUGCAAAUUCUAAGGAAAUCUUCGAGAACCCGAACUCUGGAGUUGGAGCUAUAGUUGUUGCUGUUGCUGGAGCUGGAAGAUACAACAUCCAGAUAGAUUACUUGCAGUGCACAUUUCCGCACUUGGUGGGACAGUGGGACGAAGCUGUUUGUUUAUUGCAUCCAUCGGGCAGAUCCACACGAUGCCACACAGCCACUUACACGCCAUAGAUCUCUGAGGCAAAGAACCUCCUCUGAGAGAACCUGCCCCGUGGACCCGCGAAAGUAUUCUCCAUCUGCAGCAAUAUUUGGAAAGCACUGCCGAUUCAGCUGGUGGUGCAAUCGCCAGAUAAAUUCUAAUAAAUAGCCAGACAACACAAUACUUGGCAUAAAAAUAAAUAAGAACGCGGACGCGGAACACGGAACGAACAACGCUCCGUACGCAUUGCAACACAUUCGAAUUUGGAUUUCGAUACAGUUGAGGUGUCGAGUGCAUUGGCCAGACCCAAACGGGCCAUAAUCCCCCAUACCGCGGGUCCGGUCUGGUCCCAGAUUCCCCGAUUUUUUUGAGGCAACAUAGACGUAGGUCGCGGCCAAAGUGUUCCAGGGCAGAGCAACCGGCAACGGGAACCGCGGCGAGGUGUACACCUUUGGCACCAUGGAGGGCGGUUACGUCAACGAAGAGGAUUCUGAUGCCAUAAUGGGUGUGGAAAGUCCAGGUGGUCAGCUGAAGACCAAAAAUGGCCAGAAGUAUGUGUUUAAUGGACCUCCAUCGGGGGUUUAUGUGUCGAAGGCAUGCCUGGUGAUCGCCGCCUUCAUCAUGGUGGUGGCCCUGCUCUUCUCCAUUGCAGUUACCUAUUUUGUGACCAGGCAGGGAAUGAGUCCCAAGGAAAUCAGUGCCGGUUGCAUCACUGCCGAUCGUAAAGAUGUUAAUGCGACACAAAUUCAAACUGCCGGCUGGAUAAGUGCGAGCUCUCCACCACCGCCACCAUUUACGCCCACACCCUCGACGACAGCCACGCCCACCCCCAGUGCCCCGCCCAUUCCGCCAAUUGUGGAGCCCGAGGAGAAGAAGAUAGCACCUCCUCCAGUGGGUGACAUACCAGAGGUUGUGCCUGCCCCGGAAGUCGAGGAUACCACCCCCAAGCCCGUGGACCGGUUACUCAAACUCUACGAGGGAUGGCGCCCAGUCCACUACCAUCUUUUGAUUGAGCCCAGUGUGGAGGCGUCUACCAGCAACGGCAGCCUCACCAUUGAAAUCGAACGGGAUGAGUCCAAGGUGACCACCUGGGAGCCCAUUGUGCUCGACGUCCACAAUGUCAGCAUCUCAAAUGUGAGAAUAAUCCGUGCUCCCCUCGCCGGCAAGGCACGAAAUGGAUCUGAUGAACAGGAACUGGACUUUGACAGCGACUACGGCGAUGACAAUGCCACCUUUGUGGUCAGUUUGCAGAAGGACUUGUCCGAGGAGAGUGAGCUCAAGUUGCUCUUGAGUCUGGAUUUUGUCAGCCAGGUGACGGAUACCCUGCAAGGCAUCUACAAAACCAGUUAUACUAACCCAAACAACAAACAAGUGGAAUGGAUGAUCAGCACACAAUUCUCACCCAUCGAUGCCCGGCGGGCCUUUCCCUGCUUCGAUCGUCCGGACAUGAAGGCCAACUUCACGAUCAGCAUCAUCCGGAACACCAAGUACAAGAUGGCCUUGUCCAACAUGCCCCGAGCUCACAGCAGCCAAUAUCGCGUGGGAUACGUUCGGGACGACUUCAUGACCACCCCGAAGAUGCCCACUUACCUGGUGGCUUUCAUAGUAUCGAACAUGGCUGAUUCUGGAUAUGCUACUUUGGACAGCGCCAUGCACCCACGCGUGGAUAUUUGGACACGACCCAACUUCUUGGACAUGACCCACUACGCCUAUAAUAUGGUCAGAAAGUUCCUACCGUAUUACGAAGAGUACUUCGGCAUCAAGAACAAGAUGCCCAAGAUUGAUCUCGUCUCGGUGCCGGACUUUGGAUUCGGAGCGAUGGAGAACUGGGGCUUGAUCACGUUCCGGGACUCGGCGCUGCUGGUGCCGGAGGAUCUGGAGCUGGCCUCCUCCUCGGAGCACAUGCAGUAUGUGGCCGAGAUUAUUGCUCAUGAGUUGGCACACCAUUGGUUUGGUAACCUGGUAACCCCAAAGUGGUGGGACGACCUCUGGCUCAAGGAGGGCUUUGCCUGCUACAUGAGCUAUAAAGCAUUGGAGUACUCUCACCCAGAGUUCCAAAUGAUGGACACCCUUACGGUGCUGGAAUUCAAGGAGUCGAUGCGACACGACGCGGACAACACCUCCCACGCCAUUUCCUUUGACGUUCACACCACAGACGACGUUCGCCGCAUCUUUGAUCCUAUUAGUUACUCCAAGGGCACAAUUCUACUGCGCAUGCUCAACUCCAUCGUGGGCGAAGAUGCCUUCCGAUCUGCUACCCGAGACCUUCUGAAGAAGUUUGCUUACGGAAACAUGGAGAGAGACGAUCUGUGGGACAUUCUCACACUGCACGGCCACGAACAGGGUACUUUGCCGAAGGAUCUCACUGUGAAGCGGAUCAUGGACUCGUGGAUCACUCAGCCCGGUUAUCCGGUAGUGAAUGUGACGCGCCGUGGUACCGAUUUGGUCCUGCGCCAGGAUCGGUAUUUGCUGCCAACCAAAAACUCCUCGGAUCAGAGCCGCUGGUUCAUUCCCAUUACAUUUGAGACCGAUGAGAUGCACAAGGGCGAUGAUAUACCCACCCACUGGAUGCGAGGCCAGGACGAAGAGGAGCUCGUUGUGAGAAAUGUCUUCACCAACGCUACGAACGGAGGCAAUGUCGUGUACUUGAACUUGAACCGCCAAGGCUACUAUCGGGUCAACUACGACAUGCCAUCUUGGCUGGCCCUCAAGAAGAACUUCAGCAUUUUACCCAAGAUCACGAGGGCUCAAAUCUUGGACGAUGCUUUGCACUUGUCACAGGCGGAGUACCUAACCUACGACAUACCUUUAACCUUCCUGAUGGAACUUUUUACUGCCCUUGACGACGAGUUGCUCUGGAGUGCUGCCAAACCUGGUCUCAACUAUCUCAUUUACAACCUUAAAAAGGAGCCUGCCUACGAGUAUUUCAGGGCCUUCAUGAAGUUCAUUGUACGACCUGCCUUUGAUAAGUACGGCCUGAAUGAGCCGGACAACGAGUCUCAUUUGCAGCUUAAGCACAGAGCUCUGGUGGCAUACUUAGCCUGUAAAUUCAACUACGAUAGAUGCACCCAAGUGGCACAAAUGAAAUUCCGGGAGUGGAUGCGGGAUGAAAGGAAGAAUCCCAUUAAGCCCAAUCUCAAGUCUGUGAUUUACUGCACAGCUCUGGCGGAAGGCACUCAUCAGGAAUGGUAUUUUGCCCAUCAGCAAUAUAAGAAAACCACAAGUGCUUCUGAGAAGGAGGAGAUACUCAAAUCGCUGGGUUGCACCACCAAACCGUGGUUGCUGUCCAAGUACCUUAACAUGACCAUCGAUCCCAACUCGGGAAUUCUCAAACAAGAUGGAGAGCUAGCCUUCAGUUCAGUGGCCUCCAACGCCAUCGGUCAUGAAAUAGCCUUUGAUUUUCUCCAGAGCAACAUCAAGGAGAUUGCCGAAUACUAUGGCGAUGGCUUUUCCACUCUGUCCGAUAUGAUCAAGUCGCUGACACUCUACAUGAACAAGGAUUUCCAUAAGAACCAGCUACUUGAGUUGGCCGCCAACUGCCGCAAAUUGGGACUGCCUGCCGUGGCAGCGAGCAUCGACAUGGCCCUGGAACAGGUUAACAACAACAUCUACUGGCGCAGCCACUCCUACCACAGCCUCAAGGACUUCCUCGAGGGCAUCGUCAGGGAGUUCCAGAUCAACAUAUUGUAGGGCGGGAAAAUUCAAAUUGAUUUCAACCAAAAACAUGAUUUAGCUAUUGUAGCGAUUAUUAAUAUUAUUAUUUGUAUUCAUUCAAAGGCCUCAAAUUAAUUUAAUGAAACGAAUAAUUUGCGAAAAGUGAUAUAAACGUAAGUUAGCGAGCAUAAUUUAGGUAUCCGAUAUACUUUUUGCAAUUGUAUAUUUAUUUAUUUGUAAGUCGUGCUUUUUCUGCUUCUUGGCAUUGCUCUGCAACGUUCCUACUAAAAAUAGAAAAAUUGUAACUGCAAAUUAAAAAACACAUAGUUCGAAUAACUUAAAUACAUCGUCAGUUUUUAUGCCCCCAUAUGUAUAUCAAGAAAUAUCUAAUGCUGCUUGUGUAAAAUCUGUAUUACCUAAACUAAUGUAUGAUUGUGUCAAGUACUUUACUUUCGUACACCUUUAGAUCCUAAGCGUAUAAAUCUAGCACUAAGUGAACCAAAUAUCUAUUUUUUAGUCGUCCAGAAUCAACUAUUGGAGAGGAUGGGACAAGAGCACGCUUCGAGUUUUUAAAAUUAUAUUGAGGGGAGCCAUUGUGGCGGUAACUGAGUGUCCUUAAAGCAUGGUUUAAAUUGUUGUUAAAGGAGAAUACACCACAUGCACACAAAAAUAUAUUUAUUAUUGUACGAUUACCUAUUGUGUAUUUUGUAAAGCCAACACUGAAAUACUUUUAUCGCUGCUGCACAACCAUGUAAAUAAGUUUUAAAGCUUACACCUAAAGUUUAAAUAAACUACUAUGUAUUUACGUAAUUUUAUUUUAAAA